AUGUCCACCGAGACCGACCCACCGGACGAGAAGGAUGUCGAGUAUCGACAUCAACCGACGCACGCGCGCAAUCGCUCGUUGUCGGCACCAUUAAGGAUCGAUUUGACCGACGCCAUGAUUGAACCUACCAAUAGACCCUCGUCCUCUCGAGCGACUUCUCGAGCGCUGAGCGGCGCACCGAAGCCCGAGGCGCCGGCGAUCACACUACCGCGACAGCGCGAAGCGGUGCGGCACUUCGCGAUGGAUCUCGGUGGGUCACUGGUGAAGCUUGUCUACUUUAGCGCUGGCGCGAGCGACGCGAGCGGGACGCAGGGCGGGACGCAAGGCGGACGACUGCACUUUAGAAAGUUUCCGAGCAAGCGAUUGGACGAGUGCAUGGAUUUCAUAGAGUUUAAGAAGCUGCACGUGGGUGGGGACGGUGGAGAGGGUGGAGACGGGGUGAGCGUGAAGGCGACGGGGGGCGGGGCGUACAAAUACGGGACGACGUUUCAGGAGCGGUUGGGAAUCACGCUGCAAAAGGAGGAUGAGAUGGCGUGCGCGGUGGCGGGAGCGAACUUUUUGCUGGAGACGAUUAGAGAUGAGGCGUUCACGUACAGGAACGACGAGAAGGUUUUCAUAUCGAAGGAUGAUUUGACGCGCGAGUCCCUGUUUCCGUACUUGCUCGUAAACAUCGGGAGCGGGGUGAGCAUUAUAAAGGUUGAUAAGGACGGACACGAGCGGGUUAGCGGGAGUAACAUCGGAGGGGGCACGUUUUGGGGUUUGUGCCGACUCCUCACCGGGUUGAAGGAUUACGACGAGAUGCUCAAAUUAAGCGCCGAGGCAGAUAACGCGAAGGUGGACAUGCUCGUUGGGGAUAUCUACGGCCGCGGGCGCGGGUACCCAAACAUUGGUUUAUCGAGCGAAACGAUUGCGUCGUCCUUCGGUCGGGUCGUCAUGGACGAAGGGAGUCUCGAUGAUUACUCGAAGGCCGACAUCACGCUCUCGCUACUGCGGAUGAUUUCGUAUAAUAUUGCGCACAUCGCCACAAUGAAUGCAGCGAAGUACGACCUUAAGCGCAUCUUCUUUGGCGGAUACUUUAUUCGUAAUCACUCCUACACGAUGAACACGAUCUCUUUUGCGGUUGAUUUCUGGUCCAAAGGUGAGAUGAAGGCAAUGUUCUUGCGUCACGAGGGUUUCUUAGGCGCGCUUGGAGCUUUCUUGCAAGACGUCGAGGCGCAGAAGAAUUUAAGCAAUGCAGCGCAAGGAUCUUGGAUUGAGAAAUUCAUCAAAUGCUCGGUGCCUCCGAAAGGGAUGGGUAAGAAAAAGUUGUCCUCAACGAUGCCAUCGCCGGCGAGGCCGCGCUCAUCUCAGAAGUCCAGGAGAGCGAGUGAGAAUGACAGCAGCGACGCAUUUAGACGGAUGAGCUUGGGCGAAGGAUCCGGCGUGGAUGUCGACGGACAGCCGAGAGUUUCGACUGGUGGUAACAGCUUGGAUUACAUCACGCCGACUGAAUCGUAUUCUGAAGAAGAGGACCUGUCCUCGGGUGAAGAAACGCCCACGCUGAGCAGACUGGACGAUCCUACGCAGCUGCUCAAUUCGGCGGGCCUACAAGUCGGCGUUUUACACCUUGAACCAACACUUGCAAAGUUUCCGCUUCUUCGCGAAGAGAGCGAGUACGAUCCGAACAUUUUCGACAUGCUCACCGAUACCACCGAACGGGAGUAUUGGCUCGACAUCCUCGAGCGUUUGCAACCCGGCCUGGUGGAGCGCGCGUUGGUGAGUGACCCAACGAGCGCCGAUGUGAAGGAGCGAGCGGAAUCGUUCGACACGGUUUUUAAAUCCCACCUCUCCAGGCUUCGCGAGGAGCCCGCGGCGUACGGAAGAAUCGGACUCGGCGAUUUGUUUGAAAUGCGCGAGGAGUGCUUGCGAUUUUUCCGUUUCACCGACGUGUACGAGGACGUGAAGAAGCAGGAGAACGAGUCGGCGCUCUUGGUGCUUCCGGAUCUCCUCGCCGAGAUCGACAGCCUGAACGACGAUGAACGCCUGUUGGCCAUCAUAGAGGGUGUCUUGGCCGGGAACAUAUUCGAUUGGGGAUCCCAAGGCACGCUCGAUCUCUAUCGCAACGGCACGAUUCUGGAGAUUUACCGAAAGGCGAGGAGCACGGUGAACCGACCGUGGGCCAUUGACGAUUACGACGCCCUGCGUGAACGCAUGAACGGUCCCAAGGCGAGAAACUAUCGCAAGGCGCUGCUUUUCUGCGAUAACUCGGGUGCGGACGUCAUCCUCGGCAUGAUUCCAUUCGCCCGCGAGCUCCUGAAGCGAGGUGCGGACGUGGUUCUCAUCGCAAAUGGGUUACCGGCCAUCAACGACAUCACCGCCAACGAGCUCGAGGUCGUUCUUCGCUCCGCCGCUUCCCUCGACUUAUGUCUCAGCGAUGCCAUCACCUCCGGUGCGCUCUCCGUCGUAAGCUCCGGCUCGGGAUCGCCGUGUUUGGACUUCCGUCGUCUCUCCAACGACGCGUGCGUCGCCGCCCGCGACGCCGACCUCAUCAUCCUCGAGGGCAUGGGAAGAGCCAUUCACACGAAUUACCGCGCUAAAUUCGCGUGCGACACGCUGAAACUCGCGAUGAUCAAGAAUCAACGUUUGGCCGAGCAGCUCAUUGGCCCGAAAGGCGCGAUGUGGGACUGCGUCGCUCGAUUCGAGCCCGGAAGUCUGUCCAAUCCAUAG